AUGGCGCCCAAAGAAGCUGAGGUCGAGCUUCAUGCUAUCAGCCGAACCCCCGAGUAUGAGGACUUCAUGGCCAAGCUGAAGGCCUACCACCAGGAGCGGGGCACUGCUCUAGAGGCCGAGCCCAAGGUCGGACCAGUAUAUCUCGACCUCUACAAGACUUUCACCCACAUCUGCGCGAACGGUGGCUAUGAUAAGGUGUCUGAUGAGAAGCUGGCCUGGCGCCGGAUGGCCGAGCAGCUCGGCAUCCACUCGUCCAACGUUGCCUCAACUGCCUUCUCGUUGAAGGAGAAGUACUACAAAAACCUUGCUGCAUACGAGAUUAAAUUCUUCCACGGCAAGGAACCUCCUCCAAAGGACAUUUUGGAGGAUGUCUCUGCUAAGGGUGGUGGUCUUUUGUCUCGAACCAGAGAGAACUUCCGUGGAGCGAAGCGCGACAGUGGCACGGCUGCUGACUCUGCCGCGGCUUCUGGCGAUGAUGGCACCCCUACACGAGAGCGCCCGACUCCAGAUGCGGCACCAACAUCCAGCGUGAGAGCUUCUCGUGGCCUACGCGAGGCACCGCCCCAGAGAGUCAUCUUUCAACCCGAUACAGGCCCUGCUAGGCCGACUCGCCACGUCUCUGGCCAACAGCCGAGCCACCUCAACACUCCUACCCCAGGCGGCCAUUCAGGCAGUCAUCAUGGAACACCGCAACAGGUUCAGCACACUCCCGUGCCUCUUCCUCACCAACCCAGAGCUCCACCGCGUGGACCGAGCGGCAGCUAUAAUCCGCCCAACCCAGACAACACGUCGGCAUCAGUUGAAUCUUACCUUCCCCGCUCGCUUCAGCCACCGAACCAGCAGCACGUUCUCCCCAUGCGCCCUGUCGAUACACCAAGCAAUAAUCCGGCCGAAUUUGCUCGCCGCCGACAUGUAGCUCGCUCCCUCCUGGAGCCUCCUCGCCGCAGUGGACCCUAUCCUGGAGUUGGAUUCGAAGGACCAAAUAUCUACAUUCGCUGUCUGAUGGCUUUGCGCUCUGCCAUCUUUGAAGAGCAGCAGUUCGCGCUCUACCAUUUGGUCAAGAUCAGUUAUGAACGCCACGACAAGUUCAAAUUCGAAGGCUUCCCCGGCCUCAGCGAAGGUCUCGUCGAAAAGGUUCUGGAGAUUGGCAGCAUUUUCUAUGAUGUCAAGUGGAAGAUCUCCUGGGUUUCGCAAAACGCCGCUGACAAUUUCGACACCCUCGAUGGCAAUGAAGGAACCGAGGACAUUCUGGAACGUAUCGACAGUUUGGAGUCAAAGGAAGUCAACGAACUCAUUGUACCUGAGCACCUAUCUGAUCAGAUGGUCCUCGUCAAUGAGGCUGCUUUGACUCUCAGGAACAUGUCACAGCUCCGUGAGAAUGCUGCACACUUGGCUGAGUUUUUGCCGAUCAAAGACCUGAUUUGCAUUGUCUUGAGUCUUCCCAAGCACGAGUGGUUGGUUGAGUUGAAGCACCAAAUGCUGGACAUUGCAGAGGCUUUGACACCCUACUUGGAGAUUGACUCUCGCGAUCCCCUCUACAAGGUCCUCAUGAAGCAACUGAAGGGCUCCGACGAUCGGGGUAUCAUUCUCACGGCUCUUCGAGCGCUUGGUCGUAUCUCGAUGAAUCUUGAAGCCACCAACAGGCUGGACAAGGUUCCUACGGCUAUCUUGACCAAGAUUAGCGAGCUGAUGCUUCUGAAUGACGACGAGCUCAAGGAUGCUUGCCUCGACUUCCUGUACCAGUACACUGCGGUUGUCGGCAACGUGGACAAUUUGGUCAAGUCUCUUAACUGCGAGCACCUGAUCCAUCAUCUUGUUCGUCUGCUUUCGCACAAUGCUAGACGAUACCAGGUGGAAGAGGUUCUGAAGCCCGCGCCGAAACCGGCCACCAGCAACGACCCGGCCGCCAUGCCUGAAGACCUGUUACAGGAUCUAUUGAAGCUAGAAGAGCCGGAGAGAUGCAACCAGUGGGUCAAGUGCUUCUUCGAGGAAGUCAACGACUCUUUUGUCACCCAAAUCGCAGCUUGGCAGGCGUACCAGAAUGCCUUCAAGGCCGCUCUGCAGGCCAUUGACCAGCCUCUCAUCACUCCGGCGGACUUCAUCAGAAACAGCUGUGCGGCGUAUAAGAGCUCCAAGGCUGAAGUGUGGGCUGGCACUGGAAAUCCCGGCCAGGUUCAGCAGAAGUUCAUUAUCCGCGGAAUCCAGUGUCGACUUCGACCUGUGGGCCUAGACGGCCGGGCCUUUGUCCGUUGUCUAUGGGACUCGGCUUCUGGUCGACCCAACGAAAAGUGCGGUCACUUUUUCGGAACCAAGGAGACCAUGUGGAAGCAUGUCGUUACUACCCAUCUCAAGUGGGUUCGGAAUGACAAGGGUGGUUUCGACAACAAGGAGGAAGAGGUGAGAUGCCAGUGGGCUGACUGCACCAAGUACAAGAAGCCUACGAAGAUGAAGCUCGCCCUCAUGGGCCACCACCUUCAAACCCACUGCUGCCAGAGCUUCCACGGCAUCGCCAUCAACGAGAAGAAGGCGCAAGCAGGACCCCAGCCUAGUGACAGUCUUGUGGUUCACUUUGAAGAGACUGCCACGGCUCCCGACGAGCAAAACCCCGCAGCUCCUCCUCAAGCAGCCGGCAUCCCUCUCAGCGCGGUGCUGAUUCUUCGCAAUAUUGCCCGCAAUGUGGUCAAGACAAGUGCUCAGGAGGAUCUGCUCAAGCAGCAUGAGCUUGGAGGUGAGGCUGGUGGCUGGAACGAGCGCCUGUUCCGCAACGUUCUUCCCCGUCUCUACGAGAUUAUGACCGAGAAUAAGGUUCUACGGUCUCACGUUUUCUCCCUCAUCGAAUUCGCCGAGUCGGAAAGAGAUUUGUAG